CUAAUAAUGUCACACUGUUGAGGCAGAAUGAAAACAAACCCCAUCAAUAUAUAUUUUAAGGCCAUAUUAUUUAAUUUUUCCCGCCUAGCUCAACCCGCAGGAGACUUCAUUGGUCGUAUUUUCAUUGCAUGUAAAAAUGCAAUUUGGAGGAGGCGUGUUUAUACUGUGCGCAUAUUAAAAUCCGGAGACAAUACGAAAGGUAUAGGCCUACACGAAACUAAUAUACAUACCCUACAGAGUAUAAUAUAGACAACAGCAACUAAACCAGUAAAUGAUAACGAUGUUAUUCUCGUGCAGAAAGUCAUCGCCUCUGCUCCUAGUGCCCAGAGCACGAAGAGGUACCUUUUCAUCUCUCAAACCUGUCCCGCACCGUAUUCCCGGCACAUCUGUCUAACCGCGACGUCUCUCAAGAUACCUCUCAGGGCGAGAUGCCAUGCCAGACUACUUAGUCCACAGAUCGUCACUUGGCGGGUCCCUGCACGUUCCUCUGUGGCGCAAAAUCGUACAGAGUUGCGUCAAUAUUUUGCGGUCGUGCUUUCGAACUUCGGAUAACUGUCUCAAGUGUUUGUGCGGCUUUCAAAAGGUUGGACGGAUAUAUGUAGUGAACCCCACCGCAGCACUUUAAUCUGUGUUGUGUGGGACUGUCUACAGACAGCUGUUGGGGAUCGUGUCCUUGUGGAGCCUACGCCUUCUUUUUGUUGUUGACAAGACGUUGGUGGAGCAUCCGUGACGUAAAGUGCUACCUUUGACCUGUGUUGUAUUACAGCCUUGGCAAGAUGGUGUGGAGCUUGUUUUUGUUGUGUCUUGUUACUGCUGUAACAGGUGGUCGCAGUCAGGAGUGCAGCGAUGGCCAGGUCGUAGAGUGUAUGGCCCCAAUGAGACGCUAUUCCCUUGAUGUGCUCUCUGACCUCUUUCCUAGAUACCGGGAGAACGCCCUCAAGGAACUCUGCGACCAUUACGAGGAGUCUGAAGAUUGCUUUAAACCGCUGAAGGAGACGUGUCCGCCAUUGGUGGAGAGGCAGAUUGAUGCCAUGGAGGACGCCUUUGAUUUUCUGUGUGAGGACGGCUUGGAAGAUUACAAAAAGGUAGAGGAAUGUUUCGAAGCAUCUGAAUACAUAGGGGCUACCGACGCGUGCCUGGGGAACUUCUUUGCAACAGUAAACAUAGAGGCGGCAAACGGGGAGUAUCCAACAUGCUUUGAUAUGAGUGCCUUGGUGAAGUGUGGCUAUGAAGCGGCUAAGUACCUGUGUGGAGAGGAGGCGGGCUACUGGCAGUGUAAACAGAGCAAACACGCUCUCAGAGCGCUCUUCAUUGGGAACAGCUCCUGUGCUUUGGACUGUGACCCAGGCAACGAUCCAGCCCCAACGAACUCCACUGAUGGCGAGGUGAAGGAACACGAGCCGGCCGAUGGAGAAACAAAAACUGAAAAGGAAAAAGAUAAAGAAAAAGAAAGUGAACAUAACAAAGAAAAGAAACAAGAACACGAUCAGGAAAACGAAAAGGAUAAAGACGACGAGAAAAGUACCUAUACAUUGGAGGAUAACUCUAGUAGUAGGGAAGAGGUGGAUACCGGAAGUACAGUAGAAAAUGGUGAUUUCAAAGCCGUGCACCGAAACGAGGAAAGUGAAGAACAAGGCAAUGACACAGGGAUUCUAGUCGGUGUCAUGGGCGGCAUUCUGAUCGUUGGAAUGAUAAUUGUAAUCAUUGGAUUCUGCAGAUACCGAGCUAAAAAACGAGGACGUCUCGACGAGCAGCCAAUAGUCAACGACGCCCGUUAUUCUGCAUCAGUGCCGUCUAUCGUCCCCGUUACUGGACCCAGUAGCGUUCUGUUCGUUGCACCUACAGCACGCGGUCAAACAAGACGCGAGGGGGCGCAGUUAGUUAACGGACAAGGAGGAGCAGCUUCGUACGGCGGAACUGUGUCUGAAAGAGUAGAUGCACAGAAUGCUCACAAUGCGAAUGUGUCUGCGUAUAUCUAAUAUGGGUACAUGACUACUUUAACAUUGUUUAUAUCUCUAGCAGUAUUAUGUCCAUGUUGUCUGUGGUGUAGAUACAAUAAUGGUACCGAACUGGUCACGAAAUGAAAGCAGUGACGUGGGGGAUUUGAAACAACUCUAUGGGUGUAUUCCCAGAGAUUUAGAUCGAUCCAGAGAUUAA